AGAUGGUUCUGGAUCAACGGAAUCAACGGUAUAAAAGUGCCGGGCAGCAUCCUUGGACUUCACAGUUCGCCUUCCACGAUCGCGCUUUGCAUGUGUUUUGUGUGUCCAAUCCCAGUGUCUAGUGAAGCCCCAAUGAAGUAACCCAAUCAGUAGGAAUAAGUGAACUUAAGCUGUGAUUCUGAUUCCCGGGAAUCGCACUGUUGUUGCAUCUCAUCUGUGGCUGUGGUUGUAUAAAAUUUAAGUGUUAUAACUUAUCAGAACGACGUAAACGAAAAUGUCUGCCGGCCCGGUGCUAUUGCUGUCCGUUCUUCUGACUGGAUACAUCUACUGGAGCUUUGCCCAACCCACCAACGUCCUGGAGAUCCGCUGCAAGCUGUACUCGGGUUCGGACGUCCAAAACACCGGCGUGUGCGUGCACGGAGCCGAACUGAACCCCUGCGGGAAGCUUUCCUGCCUGAAGGGCGUCGGUGAUAAGUGCGGUGAAAGCACCGCCGGCAUCAUCAUGUCCGGCAAGUGCGCCAGCGGUCUGAUGUGCUGCGGGGGCCAGUGCGUCGGGUGUCAGAAAGGAAUCUGCGACCAUCGCCUUUGCCCACCGAGGCUGCCCAUGAACCACCAUCCGUUUGGUUUGAACCAACAGCAACCGCUUGGAGUUUUCCCCUCACUGUACAAGAUGUUCGACUAUUACAGCAGUGAGACGGAGUAGAUUGGUGCUUGAGAAGAAAGAGGAAGAUUAGAAACGAAUUGGAACGUCGUGGGUGGGGGUUGACUGAUUGUAGGUUGUAGGAAAUGAACCAAUUUUGAAAAUCCGAUUUAAAUAUGCAAUGGUAGCCAUAUGUCUAGUCGUUUGUAUAUCGUACCAAAUCUAAGCUAGCCCAUAAUAGUUCGUACUAGUCGUGAACAAAUUUAUAAAAAUAUAGCGAAAACAAAAUUACUAGACCAAAACAAAAUAAAUGGAUGUGAUAUUACCGCAAAAAAAAACGCAAGAAAUAAAGCGCAAAUUUAAAAAGCAUUCAAGUGAUUUAUUCAUUGUGUUAAACAAUCAAUGUUAUCGUUUAGUUAUUUUAGUGCCCGCCCACGACCCCACAUGACCUUUUUAUUUAAAAUCUCUCAGAAAAAAUUGCUAGUUAAAAUUCUGGUAAAAGAUUUAACUGUUUUAAAGUUUAAAAUUGUGAUUGUUUUUAGUUUUUUUUUUAUAUUAAUUAAGUGUGUUUUAAAAUUUGGGUUGAAAAAUUUGUUGGUUUUAAAACUUUUGGUUUUUUUUUUCAGAGUUAAUUUUGGUUCAGUGUUUUUAUGUUUUUGUGUGCUCUUUUCAAGAGUUUUCAGUCUUUUGUUUUGUUUCAAUCAGUCUUGUUUUGCUUGUUUUUUUUUUGAUGUUCAGUUUUUUCAAUAGAAUUUUUUGUUUAUACAAAUGUGUUCAUCGUAAACCAAAUUUACACCAUUUGCUUAAUGAGUACGGAUAGGAAAAAACUAGUGAAUAAAGUGAAAAAGCUUUUCUGUCAAGUAAGGUAAGACAAGUUCAAGUUCAAGAUGCUAUUUUAAGAAUCUCUCAUUAAAAAUUAUGUCUUUCAGAUAUUUAUCGCUUUGGAAUUGGAAUUGGAAGCUCAGAACCCUCUCGAAGGUGCAAUCCUAGCUAGACGAAACGUCGGAAACUCAGUCAACCGAGCAGAAAAGCUCCUAAACAGUCAGGUAGGAAGUACCCUAGAUUCGAAAUAAACAAUAGAACCGCCGAAAUCCCCUCGUUGCUGUGGUCUCUUCUCGCUUGCCGCUUGGGUACCGUCCGUACCGCAAGCUUUUCCCGCUGGCCAACCACAGAUGCCGUCCUCGUCGCUCCUGUCCCUCCGUUGGAUCGUGCUCUCUUCUCGCUGGCCACUUCUAUCACCGCCCGUGACCGAAGCUCUUCUCGCUUGCCGAGCACGACCUCGCCAUCCUACUCCGCCACCAGGAAACCGCCCUACAUACAAUAACUCUCCGACCCAUCUUCUCGCGACUUGCUGCCUCCUCUUCACGCUUGCCUGGGUCACCUGUCGCCUAAUCUGCCAAUCCCGUGUCGGUCGUUCCUUGUUUUUUUUUUAUUCAUUGAUGUUGUUGUUGUUGUUGUUUUUGUUGUAGUGGACAUGGAUAGGAAGAGAAAAGAUCAACUUCUCGAGGCACUCUUCCGGGCAGUUUUGGAUGAGGCAUCCAGGCUCGAGAUGAAAGGCCGCCCGGCCCGCAAAGCCGGCUCGGCCAGUAUUGGAAACAAAAACAAAACCCAUAAACGGCCGUCGAAGGUAGUAGAACAGCAUUCGCUCGAUAGAUAAAAAUAGGAAGAAAAUGUUGAGUUUUCAGAUAUGUGCGUUUUCUUUUUGUUUCUUCUUGUUUUUCUGGAAGGUCUCGAAGGAAGGAACUUUAGUGUGAUGUAUUAUACGUAUUUUACGUUCGACGUUGAUAUUUCGUUGAUUCGCCCGUCGCCUAAUCCUAGAAAUUUGUUUUCCCAUCUAUUUUUGGAGUAGUGGAGAAGUGGUGGGUUGAGACUCGAAAACGCCGUCCAAAAAUUCAUCUGAUCCACGGAAAGAGUGCCUCUGCGAGCCCGGGUCGUCCCCGAAGGAGCCACCCAGGCGGAAUCGAUACUUUUCCCCAUCUAGGUUUAGGUUAGGUUUGGGGACAAAGCGUACGGUGUGAAGUUGUCUCCUAUUGCUCGUGUGUCAUCGUCAGCGGCCUACUCGGAUUGUGUCAGCUCUCAUGUUUCGGAAAAAAAAUUACGCUGCUUCCCGACUCCUACGAUUUGGUACUUCGUGUGCGUCAAAUUUGGGUGGACUUUGCUUGAUUUCUCUUCUAUUGAGCAGAAAAAGUCUGUUUAUGGGCAGUGCCCCUCUUCAAAAGGAAUGAAAAGAAGCGAAAGCUUAAACAGCCUUUAAACAACUUGAAUUUCGGACUUGCACUUAGUGGAGGAACUUCUCCCAGCUGACGAUUACUACUUAGGCAACUCAAAGGCCUUUUCACUGAUCGCAUUUUUUUUCCGGUCUAAAAGACCUUUUCAAACACUUUUUCCGCAGCGGAUGAUAACUUCACAUUUUUCAACUGCUUCCCAACAAACUGGAACUUCUCGGCUUACUCAUCUGGCCGGGCAGACAAAAGAACUUUAUCAGCAGAGCUUUUUCAAAAGCCAUUUCUGCAGCACUUUUAGUCUUGGCUUUAACAACACUCGAGAAACACUUGUUGAAAUUUAAGCCUUUAUCUCAUUGAUUUUGAGCCAACGGGCCUUUCCGCACUUUCACAUUUUUCACAUCGCUUCUGAUAGCUUGCAUAGAGAAACAAAAUAGGCCUUUUGCACUCUCGUGGUGCGUAUUUUCGAAAAACAUUGAACUGCUUCAUUGACACCAUAUUACUGCGGUGGAUUAUGACACAGGAAAGCCUUUUUUUUAUAAACAGCUUUGAGCCAUUUUCCCAGAAAGCGUGGCACCAAAGGGCCUUUUUUAGAAUAAAACUAUCACAUUUCACUCAUCUUUUUCUCUCACCAGGGGGGGCAACGAAAGUCAUAGCAAAUGGAUGGCUAACUUGGGGACAAAAUAGGCCUUUUGCAUACUCAUGAUGCUUUAACAUUGACUUUUUUUUCUUUUGAAAACAUCGAUCUAGCUUCACUUUUCACAUGGUGAUUCUCGCGUUUCUUGAAGAUUCCAGUCGGGAAGAGCCUUUUCGUUGUUUGUAGACGAUUUUCGUUUAAUUCAUCGACACUGCCGCAUGAGAAUGAACCCCCAUUGGGCGCGGGAUGUUCAUCUCAGCGAUGACUUUACUAUGGAGUCACGAGCCUUAUGGGAGCU